AUGGGAAGAAGACUUCGGUCAAGUAUGCCAUCCUCAACUGAUCAGCUCCUUCCAAAGACGGUGAAUCCAGCAAUAGUCCAGACGAGGCUCAAACAAAAGCAAGCGCAACAGAAAAAAUACUAUGACAGAUCAUCGAGACCCUUGGAAUAUUUAUCUGAAGGCGAUGAUGUCUACGUUCAGCACGAGGGAAGAUGGAAACCUGCUAUUAUCACAAGCAAAGCGGGAACUCCAAGAAGUUUCAAUAUUGUGACAGAAGAUGGUGCCCAAUAUCGAAGAAACAGAAUACAUCUUUUCAUUAACUUAAUUAAUACGAGUUUCCAAAGAACACUUACGUACGAUUAA